AACAUGCAGUUUAUUUCUCGAAAUUUCACUCAAAUCAGUCAGUGUGUAUUUUCUGAAGGAUUGGUCAGCUUAUGGCAUUUUUUGUUGAUGUCGUUGGAGUUUCGGAGUUUUUAUCAAAAUAGUUACUACUGGUGGUAGGCUUAGAACGCCAGAGAGAGUUCAACACUCGUUUAUUUCCUAUAGCAUUAUGAGGAAUGAAUAGUUCACAGUCCGCUGGUAGGAACCGGUAAAACACCAAUCUGUCAUUCCGCUCCGAGUCCGGCCUACAGCAGGCGAGGCAGGUAUUACACAUUGGGGUGCGCAGUCCAUGUGGGGGUACGGACGGUGGCCGGCUAGCUAGCUCACGAAGUACACGUCAUGCACGUACGUCGUGUGUUUGGGCUGGCGGUGUGUGUAUGACUAUAUUUAUAUAUGAGAUGUUAUGAGAGACCCCUCUACACUUUUUAAAGUUACAGUUUGCCUGAAGUUGAACCACAACUUAUGCAUUGACGUACUGCUGGAACCCUUGUUUUGCCAGGUGCUGUUGACUUGAUUGAAGUUGUGCUGGUUACUACUCUACCCUGUCAUGUUUGAAAUUGCAACAAUUGACCAUGUUCAACUGUAGGUGGUUGUUUUUGUGGGUUUGCUUGUUGUGUUUACUGGACACAGCUUUGCUCAGCAUCAAACAACUCAACAAAAGUGGGGCUGCACACCGAUGUUUUUGCGAGCUUGAUGGUCAAGUAGACGAUUGCAAUUGUAAAGUAGAAUCCGUAGCCUCUUUCAACAACAUCAAAAUCGCACCGAGGUUACAAAUCAUUUUGACCAGAAACUUCUUCAAAUUUUUCAAGGUGAAUUUAGAUAAAAGCUGUCCCUUCUGGUCUGACGAUAGUGUCUGCGCCUUACGUAGCUGUGCUGUCUGUCCGUGUACAGAUGAGCAAGUGCCUUGCGGUUUAAAAGAAGAGGAAGGAAUAGCUCAUGGAAAAGAAAAGUAUUAUCCGCAGACGGAUGAGGAAUCGUCGUCUGACAAGUCGUGCGACUCUCGCACAAAUGAAGAGAUCCGGCUGAGUGCCCUGGAUACGACAAUCAGCAAAGAGAAUGAAGCUGUCUUUAGGACGUGGACUGAGCAUGAUGACAUCUCUGUCACUUUCUGUGAGCUGGACGAUGAACAGUCCGUGGGUAUGCAGUAUGUAGACUUGACAUUAAACCCUGAGAGGUAUACAGGCUACAAAGGCAAAUCAGCAUGGAGGAUAUGGAACAGCAUCUACAAUGAGAACUGCUUCAAACCGGAGCCAGUCAAUGCUAAAGGUUAUAAGUCACUGCUUUCAGAGAAGUCAGUUAAAGUUUCCCAAUACCUUAAAGGAAUGUGUCUUGAGAAGCGGGUAUUCUACAGACUGAUAUCAGGUCUUCACAGCAGUAUUAACAUUCAUCUAUGUGCACAUUACUUAUUAUCAGGUGGGAUGUUCGGUGUUGAGACAUUCGGCCCCAGCGUGGACGAGUUCCAGAAAAGAUUUGAUCCAGAAACAACAGAUGGUGAAGGCCCCAUACGACUGAAAAACCUAUACUUUACUUACCUUGUAGUGCUCCGUGCACUAGCUAAGACCGCCCCUCUACUUGGACAGGAAUCAUUCUAUACAGGUGAAACUGCUGAAGACGCAGAACUGAAAAACGAAAUCACAGAAAUUUUGGAGGUGGUCAAACAAUUUCCAAAUCAUUUUAAUGAGAGUACAAUGUUUCAGGGUGACAAACUACAGGCUAAAAUAUUAAAGGAAGAAUUUAGGAAUCAUUUUUUGAAUAUUUCCCGCAUUAUGGACUGUGUUGGAUGCGACAAAUGCAAACUAUGGGGAAAGUUACAGAUUCAAGGUCUUGGCACUGCUUUGAAGAUUCUUUUUACGAGUCCAGAUAAACUCAACCUUGGUCGGCAGGAAAUCAUCUCCCUCUUUAAUGGAUUCGGAAGGCUUUCUAGCAGCAUCCACAAGGUUCAAGAAUUUCAAGCAUUACUUUCUGAAGACACUUCAAGAAAAGUCAAUAGCCCUGGGAAGUCUCCUUUCCUAUGACAGGCAUCGUCAAUCACAAUCCCUCCUUUUUUCUUCCCCCCCCUUCCCCUAUUUGUAUUUGUACAUUGGUACUGUAAAUUAUUGAUACCUUUAUUUCACUUUGAGAAUUUGUAAGGAUUUUAGUGUUGAAUUGCUUUUGAAGCAAUACCUCAAGAAAGAUUCUUUCCUUAAGUCUUUAGGUAAUACGCAAUAUACAUGUACCUACACUCUGUUCUUUUUAAAGCCAUUGGACACUUUCGGUACAGAAAAAAACAAAAGUUCA